AUGGUCUGGAGUGCUUUCAGCAGCUCCAAAUACACAACAAAUACGUCCGGUCCCGUCCGGUUGGACUCGAACCUGGCUUCAAAAGCGGAUACACUUCCCUUAACGCUGGGUCCCGCCCCCUCGCCGCCAACCCCGCCCAAUCUCCCUAGGCCCCGCCCCGCCCUGUGGACCCGCCCCGCCCUGUGGACCGACCCCGCCACUUGGGUCCAGCCUUUGAAGUUAACGCACAACACAGACUCAGGCGCCUCUGAGGCAGCGGAUCCAAACCCGGAGACCCGGACGCUGGGACAGGCAGCUCGCCGACUGACCCCCCCAUGCGGGGGCCACGGCGCCCCCCGCAGGACCCGCUCGUCGCCCCGGGGACGCCCGAGCGGCGCCUCGCUGAGGCCGAUGCCCACCCGGGAGACCAUCAAGACCCGCGGCUGCCGGGGGGACCUGCAGACCCGCCCUCCUGGCCCUGGGCCCCCGCGAUUGGUGCCUCCAGGCCGGGAAACCAGCGCCCCCCGCGCUCUGCGCGAGCGUCAACCAGGAGCGCACAGGGCAAAGCCCAAGAAGAUUGUAUUUGAGGAUGAGCUGCCCUCCCGGGCCCCCUUGAGCACCAACAAGUCUAUUGAAGCCAUCCCCAGGGGGCAUAUGCGAAGGCCUCACCUAGUGCCCGACUAUGAGCUUAAGUACCCACAAGUGAGCAGUGAGAGGGAGCGGAGCUGCUAUGCUGCUGUGUUCCAGGACCAAUACACAGAGUUCUUGGAGCUCCAGCGGGAGGUGGGCUCUGCACUGGCAAAGCUCCAGCAGCUAGAGACCUUGCUGAACUCACUGCCCAAGCCCCAAAGCCAGAAGGAAGCCCAAGUUGCUGCCCGUGUCUGGAGGGAAUUUGAGAAGAAGCAGACGGACCGCAGCUUCCUGGACAAGCAGGCUCGCUGCCACUACCUGAAGGGCAAACUGAGGCACCUCAAGAAGCAGAUUCAGAAGUUCGAUGAGCAAGGAGACUGCGAGAGCUCUGUGUACUUCUGAGUGCCCUGGCGGACAGGCAGAGGGACACAUCGGGUGGCGGUUCCACCUUGCCCUCGCCUCUUCUCCUACCUCCUGGCUUUAGCUCCUGCUUUUACCCGCUCCUGGGGUAGCUUUAGCAAAUGCCUCAGCCUUUGAGACCCAGCUCUGAUGGUGCCUCCUCCGGGAAUCCGUCCCAGGACCUCCUCAGGGACCAGCAACCCAGAGUCCAGAUUUCAGCCCAUCCCGUGCAAGCAGGUCUUGCCCACGUCUCUAUCUCAGUGUAAUAAACAUUUAUGAAAUGCC